AUGUGUGACACAAAAUGUGAAUGCAUACCUUUGUAAUUAAUCAAAUCUCUUUAAAAGAAACAGAAGAUUUCUGAUAUUGACUUACAAGGCUGCAAUGUAGAGCAUUUAACAUAAUUGAACCAAAUCAAACAAGAAGUAGAGAAAUUAUAUUUAGCAUCAAAUCGAAUUUAAAAUUUAGAAUAUAUGCCAUUAAAUCUACUCUAUUUGGACAUAUCCAAUAAUAGUAUUGCUAAUGUAGACUAUCUAUAGCAAUUAUAAAAAUUAAGAGUGCUGAGGUGUGGAAAUAAUUUAAUAGAGCAAUUUGAAAUUCAUUUACCAUAACUUGAGAUUUUGGAUAUAUCGAAUAAUUAUUUAGAUAAAUUGCCAAACAAAAUACCGAAUUUGCUUUCUCUGAACAUCUACGCUAAUUCAUUUAAGAAUUAUGAGAAUGAUGCUAAAUUGAAAUACAAAAAAUUAUAAAUAUUGGAUGGUUGCAUUAUUUAGCAAUCAUUGGAAACAGAAUACAUAAUAAAACUGCAGGAACAGCAAUUAGCUUAGAAAUUUUAAAUGAACAUAGAUUAUUUGAAUAAGUGGAGACAAGAGGUUUUCAAAUAAUUGGUUUAAAAUAAAUAAUACAAAUUACUUACUUAUGAUCAUUUCAAAACCAUUUAGCAAUUAGUUUUAAAGAACUUUGGACAAAUGAAAUAUCUUUAGAUGAUUGAAAAGAGAACCAGAUAAUUGUAGUAAUUAUAAAAAAAGUUGUUUAAGUGUUCAAGUAAAUUAAAGAGACAAUAACAAUAAAAGCAACAUGAAUAAUAAUUUUUGAUUUAUUCCCUUAAACAUCUGUUAGAAGAGGAAACUUAAGAUGAAAAACUAGAUGUUUUAAUAAAAAAAUGUUCAGAAUAAAUAACUAAAAUGAAAUAACAAAAUUUAUCAAUCCAAAUAUAGAUGUAGGGAAUAUAAUAAGAAAAUGAACAUUUAAAGGCACAAGUUGAUCACUUUAAAUCAAUUUUAUUGACUCAAUAUCUUUUAGAGCAGAUUAAUCUAAAGAAUGAAGAUUCUAGUAAUUAAGAUAAGAGCAAAGGUUUUGUGAAUUUGUAUUCGUAGAUUAAGAAUUUAGAGGAAGAAAAAUUGAAAUUGCAAUUUGAAUUAAAUAGUUGCUAAGAAAGAUAGAAUGUUGAAAUAUUGCAUAUUAAAGCAUAAUUGGAAUAACAAAUAGCUUUAUUAGGACAAGAGAAUUAGUUUCAUAAACAAAAGUUUAAUCUAUAAUAAGAGGAGAUUAAAAUAAAAAUGGAUUAAAUUUAAUAGCAAUAUGAAAAACAAUUAUCAUUAUAAAAUGUAGAGCAUUAAACACAAUGUGAUAAAAUAAGAAGUGACUAUUAGUAAAUAAUAGAUAAUUAUGUACUUAAGGAUUAAUAAAAAAACUCUGAUAUUUUGAAGUUAAGAGAUUUGUAAAAUGAUUUAGAAUUAUAAAUAAGAUAAAUUAGAUAGGAAGGAGAUUUUAGUUAAAGAGAAUAUUCAAAUUAAAUUAAAGAAUUGCAAUUAUAAAUUAGAUAAUAGAAAGAGAAAAUAAUAGACCAAGAGAAUUUAAUAUUACAACUCAAAUAGGAAAUGUAGAAGUAAUAAGAGAUUGUUGAAAAGUAAUUAGAAUAAGCUAAUCUUGAACAACAAGAAAUCUAAAAUUAAUUAUAAAAAACUAUAUUUGAUUAAAGCAAUGAAAUCUAGGAGUAGAAAGCUUCUAAAAAUAAACUCUCAAAGUAAAAUAUGGAUUUGCUAAAAAUGAUAGAGAUGAAGGAUGGGGUAAUUAGAUCAUUAACACUUGAGUCAACAAAAAAAAUGGAGAAUAAGUAACUUUAAGCUACAGGAGAGCAGAAAUAUCAAACCCUUCCUGAUUAAAAAUUCAGCACUCUAUUCAAUUAAAGUGAAUAAAAAGUAUUAUCAGCUUAAAGUGAAUUAGAAAGAAAAGCCUUAUAAAUAUUAUAAGAUGAUGAUUAUUGA